AUGGCCAACAUGGCGCCAAGAGGCCGCGAAAAGGCCUUUUCGCGCGCCCUCCGAAUAGGUUUUUUUCCGGAAAGCCGACCGAAAGUGAGGUUAUGUGACGCGGAGAAGAUAAUAAACAAAUCAGAGUUCUCAAGUGUGUCAUUUUCUUUGGAAAAUUCAGUGAAAUUCCCCUUGAAUAGAGCAAUGGGAUUACUCACAGAUCCUUCUGCUCUGUCGCAGAAGACAAAAUACGCGAAAUUGCUGCAGAAACACUGCAAAUUGCUGUGCAAUCUGCUGUUUCUUGGCGGUGUUUGCUGGUUUGUCGCACUCACGGACACAAGUCUCAAUCAUGGCACUUACUUCUCGGAAAACGCCCUGCUUCCCGGGCUGGUGUACUCGAACCUCAAGAAGGAGACGAUGAGUUUCGCCGCCACUCUUCAGGGCGAUUUCAGUCGCGAGCGCGAGAGUCAUCAGAACACAAUGCCAACAUCUUGGCUGCUGGCGAAGAUGAAGCAGAUCGGCUUGGACGCCGCCACGCACAAUUUCACUCUGCACUAUCCGUUCGGCGGCGGAAAGGUCUUCACCGGACAGAAUGUCUACGGAAUUCUUCGGGCGCCCCGAAUUGGCUCCACCGAAGCCAUUGUCAUCUCCUGUCCCUAUCGCGCGGCCACUUCUGUCCAUCCGGAAAUCUCACACAGCGUCGCCCUAAUGCUGGCCUUCGCCGAUCACGCCAGAAGGCAGAAAUACUGGGCAAAGGACAUAAUAUUCCUGGUCACUGACCAGGAACAGCUGGGCAUGCAAGCGUGGCUGAAUGCUUACUAUGGAAACGAGGACAAUUCAGUGCUCCUGACCAGUGAUUUACCCUUGAGAGCCGGAGCAAUUCAGGCGGCGCUCAACAUCGAGAUGCAGAGCUUUGAUUUGGAUUUCAUCAAUAUUAAAUUGGAGGGACUGAACGGACAGCUGCCCAAUUUGGACUUAUUCAAUUUGGUGCAGAAGUUGACAAACAAAGAGGGCAUCCUGUGCGGAUACAAGCAGACCAGGACGAAGCGCCCGAACGGCGGUCACGUGAAUAAUUUAUGGCAGAUGCUCACGAUGGUGCUGAGUCAAUCCACUGGCGUUCCCACCGGCAAUCACGGCCUCUUCCACCGCUUCGGCAUCGAGGCCGUGACGCUGGAGGGCGUCGCGAUGGACUCGGAGGUGCCGCCGACGGGCCAGAGUCUGCAGCAGAUGCUGCGCAUCCUCGAGGGCAUCACGCGCAGUCUGAACAAUCUGCUGGAGCGCUUCCACCAGAGCUUCUUCUUCUACCUCAUCAUCUCCAACGACAGAUUCGUGUCCAUCGGCGACUACAUGCCGUGCAUCGGCUUCACGGCCGGCGCUCUGCUCAUCAAGGCCUUCAUCAUGUGGCUGGCGCACAAUCGGACGGACUCUGAGGCAGCGGAGGAGGACGCCAAGACGCCGCCGAGUGCGCCCACGAAUCUCAUGAAGAUCGGCGUGCUGUGCAUCUUCGCCCACGCGAUGGGCUUCGUCGUCAACUAUCUGCCCUUCUAUCACGGCGUCACGGAGUUCUUCCACCAGCGCGCCUUCACCACCGAACACGCGCUCGCCACGCUCCUGGCCAUCGUCUCCGUCGUCGUCCUUCUCUCGUGCCUCUUCUUCCGCCUCGACGAAGCGGACGCCAAGGUGCUGCACAUUUGGAUCCUUCUGGAGUUGGCAACAGCGCUGAUUGUUGUUGGAAUGCUGAACUUCUCAUUGGGACUCAUUUUGGCCUUUGUCAUCGUUCCAAUACUGAUAAAUGUCGAAAUAUCACACAAUAGAAUUAUCAAAUUUGCCCAGCAAUUGUGCGGAAUUCUGCUACAACCGCUCAUUGUGGCAUAUUUGGCGGUUUUCACACUGACUUGGAUCACAUUUGAUGAACUAUCAUUGAUGAGUGUGAGCCAGAAAGCAUUGUCCGCCACAAUGAAUGCCCUCGUCUAUUCCGCUGUGGAUUCUGUGAUUUAUGGAAAUUGGAUGUUCAAUAUGAUCAGUUUGGUUUUCUUUCCCAUUUGGAUUCUCAUGUGGAACUUCCUCACGUGGCGACGCGGCGAACGUGAGAUUGAUGGGGGAAAAAUGCAGAAAGCUGUGGAGAAAAAAAAGACUAAAUAAAUUGUGGAAAAGAGGAGAUUUUAAAAAGUACUUUAGCUUUAGCUACACAUUCAAGUGGAAUAAAGAAGACAAGCAGGAGGAGGAGAAAGACUGAAGGAAAUCCUCAAGGGGAAGAUAUUGUGGUGAUGAAAGGAA